AUGGCCUCGGAGUCUCUCGCGUUGGCCGGCAAGGCGCGGAAAGCAGCGAAGCGCCAGCUCAAGGAAUGGAGCGACAAGGGCGAGCUGGGUUUGGCAAACGGCCACGACGACGAGGAUAUGAUCAUGACGUAUGUCCGCCUGAAGGCUGGCCUUCCCGCAGGUGAGCGGCUGACGCCCGCCAUGAUGCGCAGCCAGGACGCCUCCGCCAAGAUGAGCACGUCCGUCGGCAUCGCGUACUUGGCGCAGACCAAGGAGAAGUUGCCAGUUCUCCCGCCCAACGCGAACAAGUACCUCGUGGAUGCUUCCUCGGUGCCCGACCUCCCCAGCAACCUGCCGGCGGACUCCAUCUGGAUGUUCGACCAAGCCAUCCGCGACGACCCAAGUGUCAACAAACUGCUCUUGGGGACCGGCCUCCAGAAGGUGAAAACCAACGCGGGCACGACGAGGUCCUUCCGCCUCGGUGGUCGGCCUGGCCAAGCGGCGCUGCCCGGGCCGCCAACGCCUGGGGCACCGGAGAUCGAGGACAAGCCGCAGGAGCAGGUUGCCCCGCCGCCUGCGCCAGGGAGGUGCCUGGCCGAGCGCCGGUCCGAGACGGAAUUGACCGACGAGGAGGUGGCCGUUCGCCUCAUCACGAAGACGGGGAAAGCCGGCCAGGAAAAACGGUAUUAUUCGGAGGACCCUUACAAUACAGACACCGUGGAGAGAUACUUGUCCGAGUUCGUGGAGCACCUCGUAAAGUUGGCGGAGAAGACGACCAAGGGCGAGGGCGGCGAGCUCCCGCCACCGCCCGGUUACGUCGUGAAGUUCAUGGCGGGGGUGACGAAGGUGCUGAUGCUGGGGCGGACGUAUUCGCUCCUGAAGCACUUCGCCCCCCACUUCCGGAAGAUCGAGGCGUCGUGGGGCGCGGCGGUCCCUCCGUUGACCCUGUGCGUGUGCAAGGUGGCCGACCAAAGCUUCUGCGAUGUGACUAUAGAGGGGGAAGAGCUGAAGGCCAUGCAAACUGGCGUGUCCUGGGCUAGUUGGGAGGUGAUGAAGGACUGCGAGCUCUUCGCAGAUUACAAGACAGCGAGGAACAAGGCGCUGAUGGAGAAGUUGCGGAAGGGCGACGGGGUGGACGCCAGCAAGCGGAGAGCGACCGUCGAGGUGCUCCUCGACCACGCUGGUGCGGACGAGAAGUUCGAGCUGACCGUGGCGGCGACUGCGCUGCAGGCCCCCUCGACCGCAAGCCUCCUGGCGUACCUCUUCGGGCUCCCCGACGAAAAGCAGAGGCAGCAGGCUUUCAACCACUGCGCGGCGUGGUUCCCUGAGAAGACAGACGUUGCGAAUGUGAUGAACUUCGCGCUGGUGCAGAUUGAUUUUCGCCAGUGGGACCCGGCCUCGUACCUGUCUGCGUCUCGGUUCCUCUGCGCAUCGGGCAUGGAUCUGAGUCUCGUGAAGCACCCGACGUUGAGGCCGCUCAUCCAGCUCUUGCAGAAGUGCCUGGACGCGCCCGGCGCGCAGAACACGCACGUCACGGAGCUCACCGACGGCAUCUUCAUGGAGCUGAGCGUCGCCAAGUGCGGCUUCAUGGGGCACCAGGGCGGGGAGCCCCCCGCGCUGGUCGAGCCGCGUUGCGACUCCUACACGGCCCUU